GAUUGGAUAACGGUAAUGUGUCGGUGUAGGUGUGAACUGUGAAGUCGUAAAUAAAUUGUUUGCGGCGUUAUCAGAAAUAUAAACACGGAUACAAAAUAUAAUCAGGAUAUUAUCCAGAAAUACCUUAUCUUAUCGUUUGCUUGCAAUAAAUCGAUCAUGUACGUUUAAUAGUGAUCCGAAAUACUGUUAUGUGCUGAGACAUAAAAUUAAAAUAACUAGUUCUUCGCAAGAUUUUGGGUAAAAAUGCAGUCGGUUCAACGGGAAACCAACGUAUCUAUUCCACUAACACCAACAAGAUCAGAUCUGUACUGGAGGAGAAUAUUUAACAAGUAUGACAAAGACAACGACGGGCGGAUAUCCUACGUAGAACUGAAGCACAUAAUCGAAUCGAGGGAAUACGACCACGACCUACCAGACAAUGUUGUAGAGAAAAUCAUGUCUGUAGCUGACCGGGAUAACUCGGGAUAUCUGGAGUUCUCAGAGUUCGUGGAGAUGAUGCACCAUCCAGCGCUGAAGGCGGUGUUCGGACAUUUUGUGGCGAGAUACGUGCAUUCUCUUGUGCCGCAUAGAGACCCCGUUGAUACUACCGGACGGUGGUCAGGCUUCCGGCCAGUGUCAGCGUCCGAUGGCGUCCGAACUCGUAGCAAGGCAGUAUUCACAUACACAGACGGCACCUACGAAGAGGAAUACAGUUGCUGGCCCCCAGCUGUGUCCAUGAUCAUCAUAUCUCUUGUGGAGAUCGUCCUGUUUUGCUAUGACGCUGCGCAGGGCAAGACGGCGGCGACUGGGCCGAUCGCGAAACUGUUUCUCUACAACCCGAGGAAGAGGCAUGAAGCGUGGAGAUUCUUGACGUAUAUGCUGGUGCAUGUUAACGUAGUACAUCUUCUAGUCAACCUAUUGGUGCAGCUAUUUCUCGGAGUACCACUAGAGAUGGUGCAUAAAUGGUGGCGCGUGGUUCUCGUAUACCUCGCGGGGGUGGCGGCGGGUUCGCUAGCAACUAGCUUGGCUGACCCUAAAGUGUUCCUUGCUGGUGCUUCUGGAGGAGUUUAUGCCUUGAUUACGGCGCAUAUAGCUACUAUUAUUAUGAACUGGUCAGAAAUGGAGUUCGCUAUAAUCCAGCUACUCGUGUUCGUGUUACUAGCAGCUGUGGACGUCGGUACAGCUGUAUACGAUAGGUAUUGGAAACACACGCAGCAGAAUAUUGGAUAUGUGGCCCAUCUGGGUGGGGCUAUUGCUGGUUUACUCGUCGGUAUCGGUGUACUCCGUAAUCUCGAGAAGCGAAAAUGGGAGAAGCGGUUAUGGUGGGCGGCGGUCGUUCUUUAUUUCUCACUCAUGAUAGCCGGAGUCCUCGCUAACAUCUUCUGGGAAUCACAUUUCCUAUAAAAUGAUCUCGUUCACUUGGUUCUAAGGAAAUAUUCGUUUUGACAGCGUCAGUGUUGGCAGUUACCGGGAGUUUUUGCAUGUUGGCAGCGUGCUUUUUAUAUAGCGUGUUUGUACUAUGAUAGCGAAUUUUUGAGAUUUUUUUAUCACAUUCCAUCUGAUUCUGGGUUUUCGAAAAAUGUACAUACGAUAGAAAAGGAUAGUUAUAGGUAUAGCAUGCCGUCUCACUUGCACUUGACAGCCCAACGAUUGCUAUCUCGCUCCUAUUUAUUAUGUAAUCGAAUGGCAGCUUGCGCGGGUUAUUAUAGUUUUGUUAUAUAAUAUAAGCGAAGGUUUUCCACAAUUUUUUUCAUAUGAGCUACAUAGCAUAGAAAUAAAAAGGUAUAGGAACGAAAAAUGUAGAUUCAGUUUCCUACCAAUAGUGAAAAUUAUUAUGGUUUUUCAUAACUGUCAAAAUGACAUUUGUAGCAAUCCGCCAUUUUGUUUUUUUUUUAUAAAUUAAGAAAGAAUGGGGAGUUGCCAUUUGUAAAAAGAAGAAGAAGAAAAAAUGGUAUUCAACAUUUGAACAAUG